UUUAAUCUUUUCCAAUAAUUUUAUGUAAUUAUCUAGAUGAAUCUCAACGUUUAAAACUAAAAUCGUUCAGUAGUCUUUAGUCAUAAAACGAUGGCAACGAAAACCAAAAAAGAAUCUAAUAGUAUUGAUGUGACCUUGGAAGAGGGAAACUUUCACUUAGCACCUCCAGAUGGAGGUUGGGGCUAUGUGGUUGUAUUGGCUACAGUUAUAAUGUUUUGUGUUACUAUAGUACCCACAGCGGCUUUCGGAUUGGUAUAUGGGAAUUUUUUGAAAACCCUUGGUGACGAGACUACUGGAACGACAUUGGCUAGCUCCUUAUUCAAUACUAUAAAUUCUUUUACAGGUUUGAUUGCUAAUGGUUUGUUAAGUAGUUUAACAUACAGAAAAGUUGGACUAAUAGGGUCUAUAGUAUUUACUAUAGGGGCGGUUGGAUUGAUUUUUUCACAAAAUUUGAUUCAAUUGCUUAUUUGUUAUGGGGUAAUUGAAGGCAUAGGCUAUGGGCUUCUUACGCCCGCCUUAUUGUCAGCAUUCAAUUCAUAUUUUGACAAGAAAAUGGCAGUCAUGAUGAGUGUCUGUCAAGCUUUAGUUAUAGGGUUUAAUAUGGUCGUACCCCAGUUGGCAGCUUUCAGCAUGGCAUAUUUUGGAUUUAGAGGUACUUUAAUCGGCCUAGCAAUCCUUAGCUUAUUAACAUUUCCGGCUUCAGCAAGUUUAAAUCCAGUUAAGAAAUAUUUGAAGAAAGUUUACACGCAGGAUGAACCUCUUGAUCAUCCCAAUAAUUUACCGGACCGAAAGCCUGACAAUCCAACUGAAAAACCAUUACUUUCCGAUAGGAAAAAGUCAAUGCAAUUUACAGCGAGUCAAAGAAGUAUUCACCACAGGCCAAGACACUCUAUGGUGUCAAUCGGAGCAAGUUUUGCUUCGAUCGCCAACCUCCAUCAUAAAAAACCAGAAGAACAUCAUGAAGAAAAUCAAGAGAAAAACAAUACAUCAUUUUGGAAAACAUUCGUUAAAUCUAUGGACAUGUCGCUCCUAAAAGACUUAAGGUAUCUUAACAUAAGUGUGGGUCUAGGACUAGCCUACACUGCAGAUAUGACCUUUAUAUCCAUAAUUCCUCUGAUGCUUAAAGACAGCGGGUUUACUCCAGCUGUGAUAGCCAAUAUGAUGUUUAUAUUCUUUGCAUGUGAUGUGGUAUCGAGGAUCUUGUUAACAGUUAUCAGCAGUAUGGUUAGUUUUAAGAGCAGAUACGUGGUUCUGGGAGCGUCUGUUUUGAUUUUUAUGGCGAGAUUCGCUUUCGUUGCCAAUGAUACUUACACUUGGAAACUGGUGUUUUCCGGAGUUCUUGGAUUUCUUAGGUGCUUCAUUCAGACUCCUUUACCGCUCGUCAUAUCUGAAGAGUACCAAGACAAAUUCUCCAUGGCUUAUUCGCUGUUUAUGUUUUUAAACGGUGUUGUGAGUUUGCUGUUGGGGCUUUUAAUGAGUGUGGUCAAGUCAUUUGUGGACGACAAUGUUUUGGUUUCCCACGUGCUUACCUUCUCCUAUUUAGUUUGCGUGGUAUCUUGGGCAGUUGAAUUAAUGUUUUUUAGGAAAAAACCCGAAGAAGUUAAAUGAGAGUAGAUGAGUUUGUUUGUUAAAAAAAUAAAGCUUGAAUCCGUCCCAAUACCUACUAAAACAAGAAAGCCAUUCGUCUGCCAUAAAAUAAUUUAAUAACAAACAUAAAUGCGUUACAAAAAAUAAAUUUUAGAACUAUC